GUGAACUCCUGGAGCGGCUCCAUCGAGGUGGGGGUGACGGCUCUGGAUCCGGCUGAAUUGGAUUUUCCCAGUAGCGCCACCGGUCUCCGGGGGGGUUCCUGGGUCGUCUCCGGUUGUUCCGUUCUUCGGGACGGUCGAUCUUUAAGGGAAGAUUUUGGGCCAGAUUUAGAUGCUUUAGGGGAAGGAGAUCGAGUCGGGGUUCAAGCCACCCCGGCGGGGGAAUUACGGCUUUGGGUAAACGGGCGGGACUGGGGGGUCGCGGCCGCCGGGUUGCCCCCCCGUGUUUGGGCCGUGGUGGAUCUCUAUGGGAAAUGUACCCAGGUUACUGUCGUCCCCCCCGAGAUGGGUGCAGCAUGGGCGGGGCCAGGGGCUCCGCUGUCCAAUGAGGCGCUGCUGUUCCAUGAGAAGUGCGGGGCCCUCAUCAAACUGAGCAACGGGCACAAGACAGCUGAGCGCCGGCGGCCCCUCGACGAGUUCAACAAUGGCGUCGUCCUCACCAACCGGCCCCUGCGCGAUGGCGAGAUGUUCGAGAUUCGUAUUGACAAGCUGGUGGACAAAUGGUCGGGUUCCAUUGAGAUCGGGGUGACGGCGCACAACCCCAACAGCCUCGAGUACCCCGCCACCAUGACCAACCUCCGCUCCGGUACCAUCAUGAUGAGCGGCUGUGGGAUCCUGACCAACGGGAAGGGGACGCGGCGCGAGUACUGCGAGUUCAGCCUCGACGAGCUGCAGGAAGGGGACCACAUCGGGCUGACGAGGAAAGCCAACAAUGCCCUCCACUUCUACAUUAAUGGCAUCGACCAAGGGGUGGCAACGACGUUGACGCCACUGGUGGUCUACGGGGUGGUGGACCUCUACGGGAUGGCGGUGAAGGUGACCAUCGUCCACAACCACAACCACAGCGACCGCUUGCGGCGCAACAAUGCCAUCCUGCGUGCAUUGUCACCCGAGGGUGGCCGGCGUCCCCUCACGUCCCCCCAGCCCCCUGCCGGGCCACCCGCCGGGCCCCCACCGCCCCCUCGUCUCCUCUUCCACCCCAACUGCGGGCAGAAGGCAGCCAUCGUCAACGAGGGGCGCACGGCUCUGCGGCCACACGCGACAGAUGACUUCAACCACGGGGUGGUGCUGAGUGCCCGGGCGCUGCGGGACAACGAGCUCUUCCAGGUCCGCAUUGACAAGAUGGUGGACAAAUGGGCCGGGUCCAUCGAGAUUGGGGUGACCACGCACAACCCUGCCUACCUCCAGCUGCCCUCCACCAUGACCAACCUGCGCUCAGGCACCUGGAUGAUGACGGGCAACGGUGUGAUGCACAACGGCACUACCGUCCUCGACGAGUACGGCCACAACCUCGACCGCCUCAAGGCGGGGGACACGGUGGGGGUGGUACGCAGGGACGACGGUACCCUCCACUUCUUCGUCAACGGGGCGGCACAGGGACCCGCCGCCUGGAACGUGCCCCCCAACGUCUACGCCGUGGUGGACCUCUACGGCCAGGCUGCCCAGGCCACCAUUGUCGAGGACGGCGAGGUGACCUCGCUGGCAGGUGAUGGUUCGGAGGGGGACACCCCGGGGUCCCCCGAAAGUCCAUCCCCGGGGGGUUCCCCUAGUGACCUGCGGUUCCACCGCCUGCACGGUACCAACGCUGUCAUCACCAACGGCGGGCGCACCGCCCUGCGCCAGAACUGCCGCUCCGAGUUCAACGAUGCCAUAGUCAUCUCCAACCGGGCGCUGCGGGACGGGGAACUCUUUGAGAUUGUCAUCCAGAAGAUGGUGGAUCGCUGGUCUGGCUCCAUCGAGGCAGGCGUCACCGCCAUCCGCCCCGAGGACCUGGAGUUCCCCAACACCAUGACGGACAUCGACUACGACACCUGGAUGCUGAGCGGGACGGCCAUCAUGCAGGACGGUAACACCAUGCGGAACAACUACGGCUGCGACCUGGACUCAUUAGGGACAGGUUCGCGCAUCGGGAUGAUGCGGACGGCACGGGGCGACCUGCGUUACUUCAUCAACGGCGCCGACCAAGGCGUCGCCUGCUCGGGGCUACCGGUUGGGAACCGUCUGGGGGUGCGGCGCGGCCCCGAUGACACGAUGCACAUCCUGGUAGAUGGGGAGGACAUGGGCCCCGCCGCCACCGGCGUCGCCAAGAACGCCUUUGUGGCGCUGGACCUAUACGGCUUCCGGGACCCGGGCUCUCAGCGGGCGCACGGGGCGCAGGUGGCCUUGGAGGUGUGCGUGCGGCCGGGCUCCUUCCGGGCCGGCCCCCCCUCGCUGCGCCCCCCCGAGGGGCUGGACCCCGCCGAGCUCGAGUGGGUCACCAAGGAGCCGGGGGCCACCGUCCUCUGCGGGCUGCUGGUCCGCGUCGACUGA